AUGACUCUGUACUUGCGGCAGAGACACUCUCCAGUCCAGGCCAUCACGCCAAAUACUCCUAUUACUGUUGUUGGGGUGAACGUCGUCUCCACCAUGGUGCAGAAAUACCAGUCGCCCGUGCGCGUCUACAAGUAUCCCUUCGAGCUGGUGAUGGCGGCCUACGAGCGCCGCUUCCCCACCUGCCACCUCAUCCCCAUGUUUGUGGCCAGUGACGUGGUGAGUGAGGAGAACAGCGAAGACAACAGCAUCAACAAGAUCGAGCGGCGCUGUGCCCUGGAUGUGGACGCCCCUCGCCUCCUCAAAAGGAUUGCUGGUGUGGACUACGUUUACUUCAGCCAGAAAAACACCCUGAACCGUAAAGAGCGGACGCUGCACAUCGAGUCGCACAACGAAACCUUCUCAAACAGGGUCAUCAUCCACGAAACCUGCUGCUACUCGGUUCAUCCCGAGAACGAGGACUGGACUUGCUUCGAGCAGACUGCGAGCCUGGACAUAAAGUCUUUCUUCGGCUUUGAGAGCACUGUGGAAAAGAUUGCCAUGAAGCAGUACGCCGGCAGCAUCAAAAAGGGAAAAGAGAUCAUCGAAUUCUACCUGAAGGAGCUCGAAGACGAGGGAAUUAUACAGGUUCCACGCUGGUCGCCCUCCUCCGCACUGAUGGCGCCGCUGCCCAGACCCACCACGCUGUCGGCCACGCCCUUUGUGCCCAUCACGCUGCCCACGUCACCCACGGUCCCCGCUGCACCCACCCCUGCUGAGGUGAAGGAAGGCGCCUGUGGAGAAACCAAACCAGAGACAAGCCUAGUGCUUCAAACAGACGGCCUGCUGGAGAUUCUGACGGGGACCCCUGAAGAUAAGUUGGAUGCCGAUUAUAUCAAGCGUUACCUUGGCGACCUCACACCGCUGCAGGAAAGCUGUCUCAUCCGACUUCGCAAAUGGCUGCAAGAAACGCACAAGGGAAAGAUUCCCAAAGAUGAGCACAUCCUCCGUUUUUUGCGAGCGCGGGACUUCAACAUUGAUAAAGCUCGAGAGAUUCUGUGCCAGUCUCUGACCUGGAGGAAGCAGCACCAGGUGGACUACCUCCUGGAGACCUGGACUUCGCCUCAGGUCCUUCAGGACUUCUACACGGGCGGCUGGCACCACCACGACCGAGAUGGCCGUCCCCUGUACAUCCUGAGGCUGGGUCAUAUGGACACAAAAGGCCUGGUGCGCGCCCUGGGAGAGGAGUCGUUGCUGAGACACGUCCUCUCCAUCAAUGAGGAAGGACUGAGGCGCUGUGAGGAGAACACCAAAGUCUUUGGUCGGCCAAUCAGCUGCUGGACGUGUUUGGUGGAUCUGGAGGGACUGAACAUGCGUCACCUGUGGAGGCCAGGAGUGAAAGCCCUGCUGCGAAUCAUCGAAGUGGUAGAGGCCAACUAUCCCGAGACUCUGGGACGCUUGCUUAUCUUAAGAGCCCCCCGUGUUUUCCCAGUGCUCUGGACACUGGUCAGUCCGUUCAUAGAUGAAAAUACUCGUAAGAAGUUUCUCAUUUAUGCCGGAAACGACUACCAGGGUCCGGGAGGGUUGGUGGACUACAUCGACAAAGAGAUUAUCCCGGAUUUCCUUGGAGGAGAGUGUAUGUGUGAAGUGCCAGAGGGCGGCCUGGUUCCCAAGUCCAUGUACCGAACGCCAGAGGAGCUGGAGACCGAGGACGUGCGACUGUGGACGGAGACAAUCUACCAGAGCUCCAGCAUCUUCAAAGGAGCUCCACACGAGAUCUUGAUUGAGAUCAUCGACGCCUCCUCUGUCAUCACGUGGGACUUCGACGUGUGCAAAGGAGAUGUGGUUUUCAACAUUUACCACUCCAAACGCGCCCCUCAGGCUCCACGCAAAGACGCCCUGGGACAGCACGCCAUCACGUCUCCAGUGGGCAACAACGUCCAGCUCAUCGACAAGUCCUGGACGCUGGGGCAGGACUACAGCAUGGUGGAGUCGCCCCUCACCUGCAAGGAGGGCGAGAGCGUGCAGGGCUCUCACAUCACGCGGUGGCCCGGCUUCUACAUCCUCCAGUGGAAGUUUCACAACAUGCCGUCCUGCGCCGCCACCAACCUGCCCCGAGUGGACGACGUCUUGGCCACGCUGCAGGUCUCCUCCCACAAGUGUAAAGUCAUGUACUACACAGAAGUACUGGGCUCCGAGGACUUCAGAACGGCUUGCUGCGAUGUGCGAAGUUUGGGAUCCAUGACCAGCCUGGAGUCCAGCCACAGCGGCUUCUCUCAGCUCAGCGCCGUCACCACUACGUCCAACCAAUCCAAAUGCAGCUCCAUGAUCUCCAGGUAG